CUCCUGUUGUCUCGAACCGCUUGGAAAGCCAGUCACAAAAGCGCAUCGGGAGAGUUCUCGACGAACGCGUGUUCGAAAAGCUGUCGCAGGAUGAGAAUUUUUCAACGCAGUAUUUUCAGACGUUUCCUUUGCUUGCUUUUAUUGUUUACUGUGACUUCCCUGCUGUAUGUAUACGUCGUAAAUAAGCGGCAUUUGAGUGGAUUUCGACGGACGCGCCAUCGCAUCACGCCCAGAAAUGCCACGAAAAUUGAUGUACUUACGACGCAAUUGGAACAAGAGCAAUGCUUACCUGUUCAACAAAUUCUUUUUCUCAAAACACACAAAACUGGCUCAAGCACAAUGACUAACAUCUUCUUUCGUUACGGAGACGCCAGAAAUCUUUCGUUUGUCCUUGGGUUGGGCACUUUUCUUGGCUGGCCAAAUAAAUUUCACAUUAUUUUUCCACUUCGAUUUUUUGCCAAACAACCUAACAUUUUGUGCAGCCACGCAAGAUUUAACAAAAAACCAAUGAACUGGCUUUUUCCUAAAGCAACCAGCAAGUACCUGACAAUUCUGCGAAAUCCAGUGGACAACUUUGAAUCUGUUUUUAAUUUCGCUCAUCUUGGUAAAGCAUUUGGCUUAGGGGACAAGCAGGACUCGUUGGAUAAAUUUUUGGAGAAGGAAAUUCCACUCAACCAUUCCCGUCCGAAUGUAAUGACUUAUUUGGCAAGAAAUCCCAUGAUGUUUGACUUGGGUUUAAGUUUAGAAUAUUUUCAAAAUCUCUCCGCAGUUAACGAGUACAUCCAGUUUCUGGACAAAGAGUUUGACUUGGUUAUGAUUAUGGAUUACUUUGAUGAAUCACUGGUGUUGAUGAAACGACUGCUCUGCUGGAAAACAGACGACAUUCUGUACGUAAAGCUUAAUGAGCGAUUAGACAAGGAGAAGGCACGAAGGUUGAGCAACAGCGUCCAAGAAAAUAUCAAAAGAUGGAAUAAAGCAGACGUUUUGUUAUUCGAUCAUUUUAAUAAAACGUUUUGGAGCAAAGUGAAGAAUGAAGGGCCUGCCUUUUAUGAAGAUCUGGCUGACUUUCGCCAAAGGAAGGAAAAGAUAAAGCGACGGUGUUUCACAGACAGCGUGCGACAUCAACGCGCUUAUCAUGAUAAAUUUGUGAAGGGUUACUCAAUCAGAAAGCAUCUGAGGCCGAGUACAAAAGCCUUGUGUGAAAAUUUGGUUAGGAUGGAAAACUCUUUCCUUGAAUACCUGAGAAGCAAACGUACGGAAAAAUUAAGGAAUACUGGACUGGGAAAAGAGACCAGUAUUAAGCAAGAAACCGGCUGGGGUGCUGCGAAGGAUUUACAAUAUGAACCAGUAAAAACUCCAAAUUAAUGCAACUUCCCUGGUUUUCCACCGUAGAUGAGAGCAUUCUCUUACCCAGAGCCUCCCAUUCCUCUUGGCCGGCGAGGCCUUGACACAAGGAAACGAUUAUUGAUUAUUUCCGCUUUUGUUUUCGCUUUUACCGAGGGACAUGUAGGCGGCUGAGAGGUUACUUUUUAUAGUCUUGAUCUCCGUGAUCUAGGACCAUCUGCGGGAUAAAUUUUGCAAGUGAAAUUUAAGACGAAAUCUGAGAAGAAAUCGAGCAAUUUCAGUUAGGAAGUAAGGAUGAUCAAGUUCAGGGCAGAUACGCAUUUCUACACGUGGGUCUUGUUGAGCUUAUUUCGGACUUUUAUCGACAUUCUAGACAGAAUCGAAGUACUUGGCAUAAAUUUGUUAGUACUUCAUCAAGUUUAUAUCAUAAUCAACUUUGAUCGAUAACCUGUUGAUUACUGUUGAAGCAUUGUUAGUAGCAUAACCCUACUUCUUUACGAACACAUUGACCUAGGAAGGCUUAGAUGUAUAAAGAAAGAGGUUAAACAGCGCAUGUCUCUACCUGAAAAGUGGAGUGUUCCCCCUGUGGGGAUUCAGUAGGUUUUGCGAUCCUACGGGAUUGCUACCCAUACUCUAGCUUGAGGGUGGGUAUUUCGUGACCCGUGAUCGGCCCUUUUUAUUUCCUGUGAAAUGUGAAAUAGCCAUUUUUUUCCCCGUGAAUCGUGAUUUCCAUAGUCGUCGUGAACCGUGAUUUUCCAAAAUAGUCCGUGAGCCAGGCAGUCAAAUUUAGGCUGUCGGUAUCAUUCAGGGUGAAUAAGUUUCCUAGUGUUUUUUGAAAGGCCCUGCUAUUGUAGACUUGGAAAAUCCAUGAUAGCACUGGAUCGAUGGUAGCUCCUCCGUGCUGACUGCAUUUAUUUGCAACCCCCUCCCAAGGCAUAACACAUU